CUCCGUGCUGCUGAAACUUAGAUCGCAACACUUCCUCUCGGCAAGGACUUGUCCUCUGUUCAAAUUGUACAUGGAUCUGUUGCCACGUGGAAGAACUGAGCUGCCACGGGCAGAGAGCCCUGCGAGGUCUCCACCUGGAGAGCCAGCAAAACGCCUCUUCAGCGGGGAAGCGCUCUCCGUCGGCUGGGCUCCCCCCGCGCUCUCUUCUCCACCGACACCGCCCCCCACCCACCCCAAGGCCGACUUGUUUGACAGUUGCGUGAGGUAGAAAUGAACGGGCGACGCGCUCGCUCCCCACUGCUGCAUCAGCUCGUCGCCAGGAAAAGCUGCUGCCCUUGAAUUUCGGUCUGGGAGAAAGACAGCCGUGGACGACCCCCCUGUGAGGAGGGGGGAGAAAGUGGGGGGCGCGGAGGGCGGGGACCCUCCCGUGAGCGAAUUUGGGGAGGAAAAGUAGGCGGAAGGCCGCCCCCCCCCACUCGCUGUCUCUUCUCACACUUGAGGGACACGGUCUGGGGCAACUCCCCUCAGUCAGCUUCUCUCCCGCGACACGCCGGCCCGCCUCGUCUCCUCAGCAGGCGGCGGGUCACAAAGGUGCCAGGUGGCGCUUCCCCUCCAUUGUGUCGCGGGCGCUGUUGCCGGGUGGCCCCGCCCACGCCCCGCCCCGCCCCUGCCCGUCCGGCCAGUGCCUGAGUGAGUUUCCUGGGGGGGCCAGUCAGUGGGGCGGCAGCUGCUGGGCGCCUCGUCGAAGCCGCUUCGCGCGCGCGCUCUCUCUCUUUCUCCCUUUCCCUUCCCUCGUAACCUCCGCCACGCUCUCUCUCAGGGGCCGAGGGCGGUCCCUGCCGGUUCCGAGAGCCAGUCAUCCGGCGAGCGAGUGAGAGAGAGAGAGGGAGGGAGGAAGGAGAGCCAGACACACACACACACACACACAGGCGAGCGCGCACCGGGCAUCCUCGGCUCAACCGCCCGAGAGCGGAGGCGGCUCCAGGAUGGAAGGGGACCGACUGGAACCAGCCGUUACCAUUAAAAAUAUUGAACGAGAACUCAUCUGCCCAGCAUGCAAGGAAUUAUUUACCCAUCCACUUAUUCUCCCUUGUCAACACAGUAUCUGCCACAAAUGUGUAAAAGAAAUUCUCUACUUGACACUUGAAGAUUCAUUCAAUGAUGCUGCCUCCGAGUCUUCCAAUCAAAGUAGCCCUCGAAACCGGAUGAAUUCCCCUAGCUUGGAUAGACUUGACAGGGUUAGUAGAUCAGGUUGGAAGCGCAAUUCGUUGACUCCGAAGACAACAACUUUUCCUUGUCCUGGAUGCCGUCAUGAUAUAGAUUUGGGAGAGCGUGGCAUCAAUGGCCUAUUUCGCAACUUCACCUUGGAAACUAUUGUAGAACGAUAUAGGCAGGCAGCAAGGGCAGCUACAGCCAUUAUGUGUGAUCUCUGUAAACCCCCACCACAAGAAUCCACAAAGAGCUGCAUGGAUUGUAGCGCAAGCUAUUGCAAUGAAUGCUUCAAAAUACAUCAUCCCUGGGGAACUUUAAAAGCCCAGCAUGAAUAUGUGGGACCAACCACCAACUUCAGGCCUAAAAUUUUGAUGUGUCCAGAACAUGAAAUGGAGAGAGUAAACAUGUAUUGUGAAAUAUGCAGAAGGCCUGUUUGUCAUCUUUGCAAAUUGGGUGGCACGCAUGCAAACCACAGAGUGACAACUAUGAGCAGUGCCUACAAAACACUCAAGGAGAAACUCUCAAAGGAUAUAGACUACCUCAUUAGUAAAGAAAGCCAGGUGAAAAGCCAGAUUACUGAACUUGGUCUUUUAAUGAAAGAAACAGAGUGCAAUGGUGAAAGAGCCAAGGAAGAAGCAUCUAAUAACUUUGACAAGUUGUUUGAUGUUUUGGAAGAGAGGAGAGCAACUGCACUCAGGGCUAUUGAAGCUUCCAAAAACCUGAGACUGGAGAAAUUGCAGUCUCAAAUAGAAGAGUAUCAGGGACUUCUAGAAAAUAAUGGCCUUGUGGGAUAUGCCCAAGAAGUUCUCAAAGAAACAGACCAGUCUUGCUUUGUCCAAACAGCAAAGCAGCUCCAUGUCAGAAUUCAAAAAGCUACUGAGUCUUUGAAGAGCUUCAGACCUGCAGCCCAAGCUUCUUUUGAAGACUUUAUUAUUGACAUAGGAAAACAGCAGGAGGCUCUUGGAGACUUGUCCUUUCUUUCAAGUGGUGUUGAUAUUCCAGAAAUAAAUGAGGAACAGAGCAAAAUGUAUAACAAAGCUUUGAUCUGUUGGGAUCAUCCACAGAAAGCAGGUUCAGCUGAUACUUAUAUCCUUGAAUACCGUAAACUUGUUAAGGAAGAGGCAAAUCCAGCAUGGCAAGAGAUUGAAGUCUUCAGCAAGAAUGAAAUAAUCUCUGACCUUGACACUAACUGCAGUUAUGCUUUCAGAGUCAGAGGCUAUAAAGGAUCUAUCUGUAGCCCAUGGAGCAGGGAAGUUAUCUUGCACACGCCACCAGCUCCAGUUUUUAGUUUCCUAUUUGAUGAUAAAUGUGGCUACAAUAGUGAACGUCUCAUGUUGAAUGCAAGGAGAAAUGCUGUGGAAAGCAGGGCUGGAUUUCCUCUCCUUUUGGGAGCUGAACGUAUUCAAACAGGCUGCUAUACUACUUUGGACUACAUUGUUGGAGACACUAGUAUUGUGAAAGGGAAGCAUUUCUGGGCUUUCCAUGUGGAGCCAUACUCCUACUUUGUGAAAGUAGGAGUUGCAUCUGAUGCCAAGAUCCAAGAAUGGUUCCAUAAUUCUCGUGAUCUUACUAGCCCAAGACUGCAGUUACGAGAAGCUAUCAGGGAGAGAAACAUCUAUCAUCCAGAAGAGAAGGGCCUGAAAGAGGAGGAGGGGGGAAGAAUUGAGAAAAGAUAUGAACAAGACAGUGGUCAUGACAGUGGGAGUGAAGACAUCGUUGUUGAGUCCUUGCAGCCUUUCACACUGAUAACCUUAGGCAUGAAGAAAUUCUUUGUUCCUAAGGCAUCCCCUACUCCAGCUGCUCCCAAAGAUUCUGUGAAUAGAGUUCUUCCCAUGCCAUCAUGCAUUGGAAUCUGCCUUGACUGUGACAAAGGCAAAGUUGGAUUCUAUGAUGCAGACCGGAUGAAGUGUCUUUAUGAACGUCAGGUGGACUGCUCUGGUAAAAUGUAUCCAGCUUUUGCACUGAUGGGGAGCGCAGGAAUUCAUCUGGAAGAAACAGUUGCAGCAAAAUAUUUGGAAUACCAAGAUGAAGACAUGUAAUGCCCAAGGAUCCAUCUUUAGCAUUCUGUCUUAAUUACAUCAUAUCUCCUAGGUGUGUUUGCUGCACUUCUGCUUUUGAGUCUGGGUUCUGUUUUUUUCAUUGCAGAAAGAAAUGUCCACUUUUAUCAGUUGUCUAGUGACUGCAAAGAUCUGCCUGCUGUUUGGUCUGCCUUUUGGUAUGCAGUGACCCUGGAUACUUGCAGCAUUCAGAAAAAGAAUUGGAUUAGCAGGCUCAUUGCCUUUUCAUAAGCUGGAAACCUGCCUGUCUAAUUCAAAUCCCAACUUAGCUGUCACUGCUGACAUUCACAUUCCAUUUUUUCAAAAUGGAAGUAGACUCCACAUAAUAGUGCAUUUUUUGUGCAUUAUACAUUAUGUAUACUCCUCACUUCAAUCAAAGUCUGUUAUGGCUGCAAUACAUUGAGUGUUCAGGUGUCUUAGUAACUCUUUGUAUGGAUGCAAGAUACAUUAUGAAUCUGUGCUUCGACUGAAUACUGGUAACAUUUAUUGGAUAGAUGGUGAAUCACCAUGAUUGUAUCUAAUCUGGAUCUAUUGUGACUACUUCUAUUUACUUUUUAACUGUACCAAUGAUUAGUAGAAAGGUUCUUGUGUGUGUUCUCAGUAUUGUAGGUUAUUUCCUACAUGCUGUAUUUAAGAAUUUUUAAGUGCAAUUUUUCUUGAAACAUCAGACCAUGGUGUUAAAACACUCUGCCUAUGUGAAAUUCUUCUGGAAGGGAUAAAAUACAGGCACAAGUGGUAAUAUAUAUAGAGAUUUUUUUUUAAACUGUUCUUUGUUGGUACUUUUUUUUUAUACCUUAACUUUGUAAAACAAAGAAUUUUAGUGUGUUUAGAAUAAAGUGCACUGACAAUUAAAGUUGAGACACUUUUGCCUUAAGGUGUCACUUUCAGUCCAAAUAUGUUAGUACAAAGCAAUCCAUGCAAAAUUAUCUAAAACUCCAUAUAGUCUGCUCAUCUAAUGGAAAAUGUUGCUCCAAACUGAAGUCUGUUCAAGCACUGCAAUUCUGAUCAUAACGUUUUUAUAAAAAAUGUAAAUAAAUGUGUGUGGUAUUCUACUAAAUACUGUUUUUAAAAAUGCAGUAAUUUUUUCUAGAUUUGACAUUUGUUAGUCAUUCUGGCUGACAUCUAAACUAAAUUACUCUGGAGUAGUCCCACUGAAGUUAAUGGGACAAGUUAGUCAUGAUUAACACCACAUUAACGUCAGUGAAACUACUCUGGAGUAGUUUAGUCUGAUGCAAAUCUCUGGAUCUUAAACUACAGCCCAAAGCAUUAAUUUUUAGCCUGUGUUUGAGAUGCUGACUAAGCCAUAACUUAUUUAUUGUACAGUGAAGUGAUAAUCUUUAAAGAAUCCUAGAUCAUAACUUAAUCUACUGACUGGACCCUUCUGCCACAUUUUAUGCACCCUACUGUUUGAAAUAAACUGUGAUAGUUCUGGGCAUUAGUGGAAUGUUUCGGACAUUACAAAGAAAAAGUGGUGCUUGCUUUUCAGUUUAAGGGACCAGGGAAAAUUUACCCAAUAGCUAUAUAGAGGCUUUUGCUUUUCACCAAAAUGAAAAACUUCUUAGUUAAAUUAUUCUAAACUAUCCAGAAAGGUUUUUUGGUUUGUUUUUUAAACCCAGUUUCUACCUAAAGAGAGAGCACUUUACAUACAGACUAAGCUAAAACUUGUGUGGAUUGUUCACAAUAUAGCUGCUAUAACUAACAAAUCUGUUAGGGACUACUGUGCGCUACAAAACUCUAUACAAGUGUACAUCAUGUAGACAGUUUUCAGAAAAGGAAUUAUUUGAAGCUUUAAAACCAUAAGGCCUUGUUUGAAAAUAUUGUGAAGUGGAAAUGUAACUUUCUCAAGAAAUUUUUAAAUAAAAUAUGAAAAAUGAAA